CAUUUAAACCUUUCAUACGAAACAGGUGGAGGAAACAAAUAAUAAUCAUUCCUAUAAUUCAAUUCAAGAGAGUACAACAUUGAGGGCAGGGCAAACACUAAACCCUGGACUCACCGGUGGUGGGAUUAGGCGCCUAGGAGGAGUCAGUAUCCCCUAUUGACCGGUCAUACCUGCCGAAAGCUCUAAAUCUUGAUCAGUAUCAAUGGUGUCAAUUGUAGCACACUUUCGUACGAUACUUAUGUUGUAUAUUCUGUAGUAUCUGAUGAUGGGUCACUUCAAUUGAGAGGGAAGUUCAACCAGCAAUUUCAUCUAAGCACUUUUCCAAAUCCAAUUCCUUGUUUGUGAAGGUAAAUGAGUACUGGUAUAACGUUCGGAAACAUUUUGUUGUGCAUAAAACCUAUGAUACUGCCUUAGUAAUGUGAUCUUUUAUAUUGUGCAUAAUAAUGCGUUCUACGUUUAAUUUGGUGUUGCUGUUGAAUGGUUUAUUUGUGAUAUCACAUGCCCAGACAGAGAUUCCUGGAGUCUGCUCAAAAAAUGGUAAACCUCUACAAUGUUGUCGUAAUUACAAAAGACGUGAUGAUUCAUGUGAAGAAUGUUGGCCAGGCACAUUUGGCAUAGCUUGUAAGGAGAACUGUCCUGACGGGUUCUAUGGACGUUUGUGUGCAGAAGUCUGUGAUUGUCCUUCGUGUGACAAGGUCUCUGGGUGUAAUUUUUCAAAUCAGACUGAGAAUUCCAAUAAUGAGAGCGUUAUCAUUGGUUCAUCAUUGGCAGGAAGUCUUACUUUCAUAAUAGUUAUCAUCAUCUACUGCAAAAAGAGGUAAAAUGGGAAAAUUUCACUUGGCAUUGGAUGAGAGCUUGGGAAGUCUUCAGAAUCAUUUGAUGAUUUGAUAACUUUAUGGUUUCUAUAAAAGAAAUUUCUCCCGUGUUUGUGGAAAUAUAAAUGUUUCUAGAAUUUUUGAAUACAUGAUAUGGCGAUUCAAAUGUCAUGUGAA